UUGAAGCGCUGCUCGAACGUAUAACAUUUAUUUCAAAUUUAAAUAAAAUUCGAAAACGAGCUGGGCAAAUAGAUGCAAAAUGGCAAAACCACAACCAAAUCCACGACCUGCAAUGGAUGAAGAUCGUGUAGCUGCUUUAAUAGGAUAUCGGACAAAACUUUUGGAGCACCGCGAUAUCGAGGCCCGUUUGAAGUCUCUUCGGGAUAAACACAAGGAGUCGCAGGCGGUAUUUCAAAAGUCCGAGGAUGACCUGAAAGCUUUGCAGAGCGUCGGUCAAAUGCUAGGUGAAGUACUUAAGCAACUGACGCCCGAUAAUUUUAUAGUAAAGUCUGCAAAUGGACCACGCUAUGUGGUUGGCUGUCGUCGUCAGUUGAACAAGGCCAAGUUGAAGCCUGGAACUCGUGUGGCCUUGGACAUUACCACGUUGACGAUUAUGCGCUACUUGCCGCGCGAAGUGGAUCCCCUGGUGUACAACAUGUCGCAUGAAGAUCCGGGCAAUGUAGACUAUUCGGCCAUUGGCGGACUGAGUGACCAAAUUCGCGAGCUGCGGGAGGUGAUCGAGUUGCCACUGAUGAAUCCCGAGCUAUUUAUUCGUGUUGGCAUCAAUCCACCCAAGGGCUGUUUGCUCUACGGUCCACCAGGCACUGGGAAAACCCUUUUGGCACGGGCCAUUGCCUCCCAGCUGGACGCCAACUUCUUGAAAGUCGUCUCCUCGGCCAUUGUGGACAAGUACAUUGGGGAGAGUGCCCGUCUCAUACGCGAGAUGUUCUCCUAUGCACGCGAUCAUCAGCCGUGCAUUAUAUUCAUGGACGAGAUUGAUGCCAUUGGCGGACGUCGCUUCUCGGAGGGCACCUCUGCUGACCGCGAGAUACAGCGCACUCUCAUGGAGCUGCUAAACCAAAUGGACGGUUUUGAUGCUCUUGGUCAAGUCAAGAUUAUAAUGGCCACCAAUCGUCCGGAUACUCUUGACCCGGCUCUAAUGCGUCCGGGCCGCUUGGAUCGCAAACUGGAAAUUCCACUGCCCAACGAAAUUGCUCGCUUGGACAUACUCAAGAUUCAUGCUGCACCACUUGCCAAACACGGUGAAAUCGACUACGAAGCCGUCGUCAAGCUAUCGGACAUGUUCAAUGGCGCCGACCUGCGCAACAUCUGCACUGAAGCUGGACUGUUUGCACUCCGCGAGGACCGCGAAUACGUCAUCCACGAGGACUUUAUGAAGGCCGUACGCAAGACAGCCGACAACAAGAAGCUGGAAACCAAACUGGACUACAAGCCCAUUUAAAGCAAAUGAAAUGUAAAUGAAUUGUAAA